UUUGGGAAGCAACGCAGCCAGCUCAUCUGAGAGAGAGAGAGAGAGAGAGCGUGUGUAUGUGUGUCAUAUUACAGAGAAGUCAGGAACAGCCACAGUAGAACUUCCAAUCAUUUGAGAAUUACCUCUCUCUAAUGGGGACCUCCACGUAUAAUCUGUUGCCUGCCCUGCUAAGGAACUGAAAAUCUAUCAAAGAGGGAGGGAGGGAGGAAAAACUGAAAGAAACAACAAUCCUGAUCAGAUUGUUUUCCCAAAAAAACUUUUUUGAAGUUGAUUUUUUUUCCCUUGGAGGGUGGGGGGAAGAAAUCCCCUUCACUCCACCUCACUUUGAUCCCUAUACAUUUUUGUUUGGUUAGCUGUCCUUUCUUCAGUGUCAUUUGGGAUUCCCUUGGACGGUGCUCUUUCAUGCAUUCUGGAUUAUACUUCUAAGAGGACGGUUGCAGCUUUAUUUAUACUAUAUUUAUUUAUUUAUUGCCUCUCAGGCCAGGGAAGGAAUGGUGGUGGAGGAGAAGGGCUGGAAGGGGGCUGCUCAUGGUGCCUUGGAGAGCAGCUGCCUCACACAUCCCAGGACAGGGGAUGGGGAAAGAUGCUGUAAGAUACCUCUUCUGCUGAGCUCUGGGCUGCCUGGAGUAUCUUUACUUUCUUUGGUGCUGAGCCUCUUGCUGUACUUCAGGACAUCGGACCUGCAAUCCAGGGUUUCACAUUUGGAGGUGGACAGAUCCACUCAUAUCCCUGCCUGCCUCUCCGCAGACCAAAUGGAGACAGCUAUUUUGGGAAGAGUUGACCAACUGCUUGCUGAGAGAUUAAAGUUCAACUUGCCAAGACAUCGGGAAGCUAGAGACAUUCACCAGCGAUGCAACUGUCCAGCAGAGGGUGAUAUAAAGAAGAUGAACCUCAGAGAUGCCUUUGAACAUCCUAAUGAGCAGCAACCUGCAGGCAUUACCGGAUUUACAGUGUAGCUCAGGAUGUAACCACAUUCCUGAGUGAAAUUGCUGAUAAAGGCAUGUUUUUUGGGA